AGCGCGUGUUGAUUUUUGCGCGUGUACGCGUGUGCGCGUGAGAGUGUGUGUUAGCGUGUUAUUGAGUGUGUGCCUCUCAUCCGAGGCCAGCAGCCGUAUGGGGAAAGCGGCGGCACACACAGAUGGCAUGGACACUUCCACAAGGUCUGCCGCUCUGCCUCUGCCCUGCCUCCCUUGCCGGAGCUUGUUCGCAGCCGUCUCUCUCUCGCAGCUCCCUCCGCCGCCUAGCAGCACUGCACCACAGCACAGGGUGACGGUAUGAGGCUUGAUCCAGUGCAUUUCUCCAUGCUGGUCAUCGGGGUCUCGUUCGCCUGUUACGCCCCGAGUCUCAACUCCCUCCAGGACCAGGCGUACCGAUCAGCUGUGGUCAUUGAGGGCGAGGUGCGCUCCUCCCCGGAGAACGUCUCCUCCCGCGAGCCAUACAGUGUGAAUGUCAAAGUGCUGGACGUGUGGCCCGUCAACAGCGGCGGCCUCGAGAGGGAGCAGCUCGUCACCGUCGGGGACUUUAGUUCCGAACCCCCUUGCACCACGGUGGAGAAGGACCACAGAUAUAUCUUUUUCAUGGACCCGACCGGGGAGCCCUACGUGUUCAAGGCGUCGUACGCCCCCGUGGACGCCACUGAGCCGGAGCUCAAGAAGGAUGUGGAGAGAGUGUUGUGCGAGGACUGCGCCUCUGUUCCAAAGUUGCGACUGAUGCGAGGCCAGUCUCUGAUAGAAGGCGACAAACUGUACUUGAAGUGCGAGGCGUCAGGGAAUCCAAGUCCAUCCUUCCGCUGGUACAAGGAUGGACAUGAGCUUCAGCGAGGGAGAGACCUCAGAAUAAAAACCAACAAAAAAAACUCCAAGGUGCUGAUCAGUCGAGUGCGCAUGGAAGACUCUGGAAACUACACUUGUGUGGCUGAAAACUCAGUUGGACAAGAAAACGUCACAAGUAUUAUCAGCGUGCACAUCUUAACCACCACCACCUUGUCCCCGGGUGUGAGUCAUGUGAGGCACUGCAAUGACACGGAAAAGGCCUACUGCAUCAACGGUGGUGACUGUUACUUCAUACAUGGUAUUAACCAGCUUUCUUGCAAGUGUCCCAAUGACUAUACGGGGGACCGCUGUGAAAACUCCGUCAUGGCCGGUUUCUACAAGCUUCUCAGAAUUGAAUUUAUGGAGGCCGAGGAGCUUUACCAAAGGCGGAUGCUGACCAUCACAGGAAUCUGUGUGGCCUUGUUGGUGGUUGGCAUCGUUUGUGUGGUGGCCUACUGCAAAACCAAGAAGCACAGGAAGAAGAUGCAACAUCAUCUCCAUCAGAACCAGAAUCAAUGUGUGGAGCAACCCAACCGCAUGCUGGCCAAUGGGCCCAAUCACCCCGGGCCUGGUCCCGAAGAAAUUCCCAUGGUUGAUUACAUCUCCAAGAGUGUCCCGACUACAGAGUGUGUCAUCAGCCACGGCGCUGAAGGUGCUGGCAACUACGCAGGCAGCAGAAUGUCUACCCGCUCACAUCAUUCGACCACUGCCUCACAUGCAUCCAGACACGAGGAGCAGACGUGGAGCAUGGAGCGAACAGACAGCAUGAAUUCAGACUGCCAGUCUGGUGGCCUGUCCAGCUCUGUUGGAACCAGUAAAUGCAGUAGUCCAGCUUGCAUGGCAAGGAGAGCCCACUGGGGUUGUACAGAUGUCUCCAGUCCAGGAAUGCACUAUGGAGAUUCCUACGACUCGCUAAGGGAUUCACCUCACAGUGACAGGUAUGUGUCUGCGCUGACCACACCAGCUCGCUUGUCUCCGGUGGAGUUCCACUACCCGUCGCUGCCGCCCCAAGUUCCUACCUUCCACAUCACAUCACCCAACACAAGCCAUGCCCUCUCCCUACCACCUGCUGCCGCAGCCUACCACAGAGAUGACGACCAGCCGCUGCUAAGAUGCCCUGAUGAUCGCAGUUUGUACAGGCAGCCUCGACGACCGCGUCGGCCCUACCUGACUGAGAGCACAGGAAGUCUCCCAUCCAGUCCCUACCGUCUCCCCGAUGAAGAGGCCUAUGAGACCACGCAGGAGUACGCCUCCUCAAGGGAGCCCAUCCGAAGUCGACGGCGCCCGCGACGCAACCGCCUCAACGGACUCGUAUCUCAGAGGUCAGCGGGUUUACGGGACUACAGGUCACAGAGCUUCAGCCAAUCAGAGGAGGAAGAGGAAGAGGAGGAGGAGGAGGACGAGGACGAAGCUCAAGGGGAGCGCACGCCUUUCCUCAGUAUGCAGAACAUGAACAUGGACCUGCCUUUAAGCGUGCCAGGUUUCCAUUCAUCGUCAGGGGCCGACACACGGACUCACCGCGGGCUGAGUCGGCCGGGGAAUCGAAGCAACGGGCAGAGUCGUGGCUCACAGUCGCAGCGCUUCAAGUCAGACAACAUGCCCCUUUAAGACUACCGCCCCCAUCAGCCCCCUUGCCCA